AUGUCCACCCAGGCCAAGACCACCGUUCCGUCGGCACAGCAGGUGCUCGUCCCCGAGACCCUCCUCAAGAAGAGGAAGGUCGACCAGAAGGCCCGUGAGGAGAGGCUUUCGAAGCUUGCCGAGAUCAAGAAGGCUGGCAAGGCCAAGCGCCAGGUCAUCUUCAAGAGGGCCGAGCAGUACACGAAGGAGUACCGCGCCGCUGAGCGUGAGGAGAUCCGCCUCCGCCGCGCCGCCAAGGCUAGCGGUGACUUCUACGUCCCGGCCCAGACCAAGCUCGUCUUUGUCGUCCGCCUGAGGGGUAUCAUGAACAUUGCCCCCAAGCCGAAGAAGAUCAUGCAGCUCCUCCGCCUGCUCCAGAUCAACAACGGUGUCUUCAUCAAGCUCAACAAGGCCACGUCGCAGAUGCUCCAGCUCAUUGAGCCCUACGUCGCCUACGGCACCCCCAACCUCAAGACCAUCCGCGAGCUGAUCUACAAGCGCGGUUACGCCAAGAUCAACAAGCAGAGGAUCCCGCUCACCGACAACGCUAUCAUCGAGAAGCACCUGGGCCAGUACGGCAUCAUCUCGGUCGAGGACCUGGUCCACGAGAUUGCCACCGUCGGCCCCAACUUCAAGGCGGCCAACUCGUUCCUCUGGACGUUCAAGCUCUCGAACCCCAACGGCGGCUUCGCCAAGAGGAAGUUCCUCCACUACGUCGAGGGCGGCGAGACUGGCGACCGCGGCAGCAUCGACUCGCUCAUCCGCAAGAUGAACUAA